AUGGGUGGAGGUGCUGCAAAGACUUAUAUGGGAUGGUGGGGAAACAUGGGUGGACCUACUCAAAGAGGUGUUGUCACUUACAUCUUGUCCCCCUUUGAACAAAGACCUUUUGCUGGAGCUGCCCGUGCUGCCGUUUUCAACACUGCUCGUCGUGUCACUUCUCAAGUUCCUUAUAUUGGUGUCGCUUUUGGUCUCGGCUAUUACAUUUACACUUCUGCCAAGAAGAGACACGCCUAUCUUCAAUCCAAGGCUGGUCACGCUGCUGAAGGCUCUCAUUAA